AUCAUCUCCGAGUCACCCUAAUUUCAUCACGCACCAAUCAAAAAGGUCAAAGUCGUACGCCCUAAUUUCUUCCCACAAUCAAAAGUUUCCGUCUCCUUUUCUCUUCACUUUCCAUCCUUUCAAACCUGCAAAUCUCUUUCUAUCUGCGGGAAAUCGAUUAUCUCCUUAAAUCUCAGAACGACAAGAGCCCUUAUUGCAGUGUAAAAAGCGGAGAAAUUGAGUAUACAAAGACUAGAUUUUCGAUGCCUAAGGUAUUGCCUUCGCGGCCAACACUUGCAUCUGGUUCAGUAAAAGAAUCACCUCCUUCAACUCAUGUUGCAAGAAAUAACAAAACAUGGCGCAGGACAGAGAACAUUACCUCUUCACCAUAUGCAAAAUCGGGGUUGAGCAAUGGUCAAUCACCGAAACAGUUUGGAAACACUCAGAGUGCUACUUCUUAUGUUCGUAAAGGUCGCAGUCUGGUAAGAAAUCCUGUGGCAGGUCCUGCUCUUUCAAAUGGACCUAAUGGCUUCAGCAGUACCUCAGUUUAUAGGUUGAAUCCUGUGAAUAGAACUGAAGCAAUUCAAAGUUUUGGGUCUGAAAAGAAGAAUAGCACCCUUAAACCUCAAAAUGGUUUGAAAACAGGUCCGGAGGUGGGCACUGCACCUCACUUGAAAGUUCAAACCAAGUCCUUAAGCUGGGUUUCCAAGUCAUCCACAUCUCCAAGUCAUUCCACAGAAGGAGGUGGCUCAGAAGCGACAUUGAGUAACACCGAAAUUCUGAAAACAAAAGAUGCUCCUAAUGUAGCUGGGGCUUUUCAAAAAGAGGCUGUUGCAAUCAGGGUGAUGGGAACCAAAGAAGAUAUCAGUGAUGAUGGGAAAUCAAAGCUUUCCUCGGCAAAGAAGAUGAUAUACGUGAAGCACAAGUCGCAUCAGUUGGUUGCUGCUCGUCAUUCUGAAAGUAGUGGUCCAUCUGCCAGUCUUAUAGAGAAGAACCAAGCAGUACCUUGCACUAAAACCCAUGGUCAAUAUUUUAAAAGGAACAAGAACCAGCUUAUUCGGAAUGCUCCUUUGAAUCAAAGUCACCAUAGGCUAGCACAUAACUCUCGUGAUGAAAGUUUGAAUUCUGAGGGUCAAGGGACGACAAAUGACUCCUACAAAUUUAGCAGAAACAUGAGUAGGGUAAGAGCAGAAAAGAAUCUCUUCCCAUGGAAAAGGAUGUCAUACUGGAGAAAAAAUAUGGCUUCAUGUUCCAAUAGGAGUUCCUCGUCACUGAUCAACAAAAAAUUACUUCUCUCACUUAAACGGGAUACGGUUUACACAAGGUCAACAGGGGGAUUCUCCCUUAGAAGAUCCAAAGUAUUGAGUAUAGGAGGGUCAAAUUUAAAAUGGUCAAAAUCUAUCGAAAAACGCAUCAAAAAAGUUAAUGAGGAAGCUACGAUAGCAGUUGCUGAGGUAGAGAAGAAGAAAAGAGAGCAGAAGGUUGCUUUUGCAGUUGGAAGAGCCAAGAUCCGAAAUCAAUUAUCCCGGGAACGCGUAUUCCGUAUUGGUUCUGUUCGGUAUAAAAUGGAUUCGUCAAGGCGGACACUUCAGAGGAUUCCUGAUGAAAACCCUUCGUCGGGUCUUGAUCAACAGUCGGGACGAAACAGCAGGAUGUCUUUCAUUCCAAAGAGAUUGCUGAUUGGCAAUAAAGAAUACAUUCGAAUUGGAAAUGGUAAUCAGCUUGUUAGAGAUCCAAAGACACGGAUUCGCACCUUGGCAAGUGAAAAAAUUAGAUGGAGUCUUCACAGUGUGAGGUUGCGCUUGGCAAGAAAACAACAGUAUUGUCAGUUUUUCACAAGAUUUGGUAAAUGCAAUAAGGAGGAUGGGAAAUGCCGUUUUAUUCAUGAUCCUGCUAAAAUUGCAGUCUGUACAAAAUUUCUGAAAGGUUUAUGCAAUGAUACUAACUGCAAGUUAACUCAUAAGGUCAUUCCUGAAAGGAUGCAGGAUUGUUCUUAUUUUUUGCAAGGAUUAUGCACCAACGAGAAUUGUCCAUACAGGCAUGUAAAUGUGAACCCCGAUUCUUCAGUUUGUGAAGGUUUCCUCAGGGGAUAUUGUGCUGAAGGCAAUGAGUGUCGUAAAAAGCACAGCUAUGUAUGUCCCCAAUUUGAGUCAACAGGAGAAUGUCCUCAAGGUAAGAAGUGCAAACUUCACCACCCAAGUCGAAACAUGAAGAACAGGAAAAGGAAAAGAGCCAAGGAAAAUAAUUCUAAGCAUGUCAGAGGUCGUUACUUUGGAAGCAACAGGUUCGAUGGUGAGAUCGAAUUCGGAAGGAUUGCUUCGAGUGGACACUGCAGCGAGCAAAAAAAGAACGGACACAGUUCCUUCUCGGAGGGGGAAAUCAUGGACUAUAUCAGCUUGGAAGUGGGUGAGAGUGACAACGAGGAAGGAGGUGAAGAAGCCCAAGGGAAUACUGAUGAUGCAAUGGACACAAGUACAAACUUGUGCAUGGAAGCUGACUUGUUGUCAGAUCAUCUAAUGCUACCAUUAGAUGAUCUGGAUGGCGACGAUGACCUUAUUAAACCUAUUGCUAUCAUGAAUAUUCCUAUAAAACAACCUCAUACGUUGAUAAAAGAAUGACCAUGAGUAAUUGUAGUUAGGAAAUUUUGGUGCCCCAAACCUGACUCAGUCUUCCCUUUAAAGAAAAGGGGAAUGCUGUUUCAUGGUUAAACACGGGCUUAGUUUUUCUUGUGCAAUUGUUGUAUGUUUUUGUUUUAUUAGAUUAGAUGUGUAUACAUUGAUAGAUUACUGAAAAAAUAGUAUUUUUUUGAUUAAUAUAGUAACUGAGUUCAGGAAA